AUGGCACCUCAAGAUGCUCAGACACCAGUUAUCAACACUUAUCUCCCUAAAUCCUUAACAACCCAUCUACCAAAAACUCGGGAUGAUGACUCUUGGGGCGAUGCGGUGCGCAGUCACUACAGUGCGGAAGAGAAUAACGACAAGCUGCCGCUAAACAUCCAAGUGCUCGAGGCAGAACGUGAAAAGAGAAAGCAAAAUUACGCCCAGAUUGCUCAUGACUACUACGAGUUGGCCACGCUGAACCUCGAGCUCGCAUGGAACCCAAAGUUCCACUUUGCUCCGUUUUUGGAUGACAAACAGUCGCUUCGAGAGGCCUUGUCUGCUCAUGACCAUUACCAAUUCAUGAUCAUGGGUGUUAAGCCUGGUAUGCGAGGCUUAGACGCUGGUUGUGGCGUCGGUGAGCCAGCUCGUGAGUAUGCAAGGUGGGCCGAUGUCCACAUCACGGGCGUCACAAUCACCGAGUAUCAGGUCUAUCGUGCAAACCUGCACGCUGAAAAGGAAGGUGUCUCUGACAAAGUUGAAUUUGUCUGGGCAGACUUCUGUAAAAUGCCCUUCCCUGACAACACUUUCGACUUUGUCUAUUCUCAAGAAGCGACCGUUCAUGCCCCAGAACUACGUGACGUCUACGUCGAGAUGUGUCGCGUGCUCAAACCCGGCGGUGUCAUGAGCGUAGGCGAAUGGUGCAUGACUGACAAGUUCGACCCCAAGAACCCAGAACACCUGGACGUACGCCGCAGAAUCGAACGCGGGGACGGCAUCGCCAAUAUGAAGACCGUCAAGGAAGCUAUUUCCGAGUUCGAGUUCGUCGGUCUCGAUGUUCUGCAUAUGGAAGAUCAUGCACUCAAGGGUCUGCAAAGCCGUCCUUGGUGGGCCCCUUUGGACGGUGAUGUCUCCAAAGCCUCGAAUUGGAGUGAUCGGAUGCUGGUAUUCUGUCUCAAGCCUGCAGUGUGGAGAGCUUGGAAAGCAUGGGUGUGGUUCAAGAUCAAGGUCGGCUUGUACAGCAAGAUCGACGGGGAUUCUACCUUGGAAGCGCUCAACACACAGGCACAAGCGGUUUGGGGUCUCAGAGAUGGUGGUAAAUACGGAUCGUUCACGCCCAUGUUCCAGAUGUAUGGAAGGAAGCCUGAGAACUGGGUUCAUCCUCAGCCUGAGAAGGCAAGAGAGGCUGCAGAGAGUGUGGCAGCAUCAGCAAAGGAGAUUGCAGCAUCAAAGGUCAAAAGCACUUGA